AUGUCCUCCCAACUGCUGCAAGACGCCAUACCCGCCGCCAUGGUCAAACUCGAGGAAGGUAAGAACUGGGCCAAGCAAGUGCCCCGCCGGAAGGUUGUCAUCAUGCUCGUCGCUGCAGUGAGCGUAAUGCUGCUUUUGCACGGCCUUGUCGCGUUCCGGCCUACGCCUGAUAAGGUGUCUAUCAUACAACCCAUCAAGUCAUUCCGCGAUUCCGGCAAGACAUUACGACGCGACUCUUGGAUAUCUGUCAGCGACUACGACAUCGUCCUUGCUCACUAUGACGAAGACGCCAACCUGAUGCGCGAAUCGAUAGACGCCGUCCUCCAACGCCUUCCCGAGGGCAAAACACACCGCACAAUCAUCUACCACAAGGGCGACCGCAACAAGGCCGGGCUGAGGGAGCUGCUGGAGCUUGCGGAUGAGGUGACGCAGAUCCCGAAUGUGGGGAGAGAGGGAGAGACGUACCUUAACCAUAUAGCGAGAGUGUACAACGAGCCCAAGACUGGUCUUGCUGGACAUACCCUUUUCAUGCAGCCCCAUCUGGCCUGGCACUGGGUCUUCAUCCCCCGACUCGAAAAGCUCCUCCGCACCAAUACCGGUUUCUUGUCUUUCGGGCCUUAUAUCAACCAGACCUGUGGACUUGAUGAGAAUGCCAACUCUUUCCCUCGUCUUGCCGAUAUCUACUCGAUGUUCCGGAAUGACUUUUGCCCUCCUGUUCCCCAACUCGCUACAUGGGCAGGCCAAUUCAUCGUCUCCCGCAAACGUAUCCUCGACAACCCCCUCCGAACAUAUGAGAAUCUGAGAUCAAAGUUUCAUGCGGCGCCGGAACAUUGGAUUUGGAAAGAGGGAUGGUGGAAUAACAAGCCUUCGAACCCUACGCUCGUGGCUCGAGUCCUUGGAUAA